CUCGUCAUUUACACAAGAAAACUCCUGCUGAACACUUGGAUGGGGCCGUCAUCGAUUCAGCUGUUUUGUAUCUUUGUGGCUUACUUCAUAACCGGAUUUUGCUCAGUUGACGCUGGUCAUGAAGGAACUGUUUAUGUCCAACAUGGAGGCGCUGUCAACCUGUCGUUAACAUUGCCACAGCCUGGAGUCCGGGAGAUGACUGUGAGACAUGACAUAAUACAACCCCUGCUCCAUGUCACUGACUACAACACCGUGAGUGUCAAUGAGACAUACAAGUCGAGAACACAAUUCACUGGACUGAUAGACUCACAAGGCGACGGGGGUCUCAGUUUUCUACUGUCUGGUGUAGAUUGGUCUGACGGUGGCGACUACAGCUGCUACACAGGUUCGCAAGAUUUGAGAGGAAGCCUUAUUGAAGGCUGUGUGAAGACUGUUGUUGUCAUAGGUAUUGAGGACCUUAACAUCACUGCCCCAGACAAAGCCAAUGCGAAUAGCAACUUGGUAUGUCAAGCUACCAUUAGGUUCUGCCCUGGCAUCCCGCCUGUGAACGUGUCCUUCAUCUGGAGGAAGAAUGGCGUCCAGCUAGACGCCCGAGACAGCUGUAACUAUACGACAGCGAGGGCGAGUCGGUGCAACUUUGUCCGCAACUACACCAGUACCUUGCCCAUCGGUGAUGGGGAGCAUGAUGGUGAUGAAUACACGUGCAGGAUAAAGUUAGGAAAUAGCUUCCUGUCAAACUGGAGCCAGGAGUAUGUUCUGGGAAGGGAAUUUUUGGAAAACACACCUAAUUCUACGGCACAGUCUUGGAAUCAUGGAGGGAUCUUGUCUGGAUUUGCUGCGGUUUUUGUCCUGGUGGUGCUGACAGUGAUAUUCUGAUUGUCAAAAUAAAGGAAAACUGCUUGUGCCUUGCAACCGGUACCUACUCCAGGCAUAUCAGACGAAGCAUCUGGAGAUGGUGAUAUGUGUGGGAGAACUUCAAAUGAACUACAAUUGCAAGACUAAAUCCACAUGCAACUAUGUCACCUGCACCUGUACCCAUGCCACCUGCUCAUAUCACUUGCACUUUUACCACCUACACCCAUACCACCUGCACCUACACCCAUACCACCUCCACCUACACCUAUAACAUCUGCACCAAUACCACCUACACCCAUACCAUCUGCACCUACACCUAGAGCAGCUGCACUCAUAUAACCUGCACUCAUACCACCUGCACCCAUACCACUUGCACUCAUACCAUCUGUACCCAUACCACCUGCACUCAUACCACUUGCCCCAACACCACCUGACCCCAUACCACCUUCACUCACACACCCUACACCUAUACCACCUGCAUCUACACCACCUGCACAAAUACCAUCUUCUCAUAUCACCUGCACCCAUACCAUCUUCUCAUAUCACCUGCACCCAUACCAACUUCUCAUAUCACCUGCACUCAUACCAUCUUCUCAUAUCACCUGCACCCAUACCAUCUUCUCAUAUCACCUGCACCCAUACCAACUUCUC